GAUGUGUUUGUAUAGGAGUGAAUAGAGUGUCCCUGUGGCGGCGCCUCCCGCUACCCGCCCCGGUUGGCACGAGUUCUCCCAGCUCCGCCACUGUUCUUGCGCCAGUACCAAUUCGACCAGCGAUGCUGUGCUGUCUCCGGAAAUAGAUGUAGAUGUGUUUGUUCGUCCGACGAAUUUGUGUGAGUGCAAAUGACUGAAUAGUUCGGUACUCCUGAACGUUAACAAUGUGGACCAAAAGGUUAAAACUAUGGAGGUGUUUGUGCAUACUGUUUGCCGUGUCGACGCUCGCGCUCGCUGCGAGAGCCGAUGACGACGUGCCUUUAGAAUCACAAUGCCGUCCAUACAUCGAAAAGGCUCUAAAGGACCUAGAAUCAGGAGACACAGAACCAGAUGCUGCAGAGAAGCCAGUUUCUAGUGAAUUAAGUAUAGAUAAUGAAACAAAAGAAGACAUUUCGACAGAAGAUGGAGGUUUAAUAGAAGAAAGUAAAGAACAAAUAGAUAGCGGAGAAGAUGAUGCGCCAUCCGUAGAAGUAGCGGAUGAGCCGUACAUGUCCCAAGUCUCCUACGAAGACGAACAAGAAAGCCCAGACGAAAACGAAUCGAAAGAGGAUGCUACAGUAGAGGAAAAUGUGACGGCAGAAGAGAGUGAUGAACAAACAGCAGAAGAUGACGGAGACAGUAAAGAAAAAGCAUCUGCUGAGGAAAAAGACGAAAAUGAAAGUGGUGAAGAAUCCAAAACCCAAGAUGAGAGUAAUGAAGAAGUAGGCCCUGAAGAUUAUACUAAAGAAGAAUCACAAGAACAGGACGAACAAAAUAGCAAGGAAGAUGGCGGUGAGAGUCUUGAAGAGACAGAGACAGACACUCGGGAAGAAUUAAGUGAAGAAACCGCAGCUUCUGCAGAGGAAGAAGAUAAAAAAGAAUCUACUGAAGCAUCUGAAGAAGAACAAACUCAAGGCGAAGAAGUUGAUGGCGAAGAAAGUAAAGAGGAAAAUAAAACCGAGGAAGAUGGAUCUCAAGAAAAGGCUGAAAUAGAUGAGGCUGUGGAAGAAAGCAAAGAAGAUGUUGAUUCUCAAGAAGAUAAAACAGACUCCUCACAAAUUGAAGAAGACAAAGCUCAAUCUGAAGAAGAAAAAGAAGAAAGCCAAAAGGAUGAGUCCGUAGAACAAACGCAGGAAAGUGCAGAAGAAACACAACAAGACACUGAGGCAGAAGACGGUGACAAAUCUGAGGAAACUGGUUCAGAAGAAAAAACAGCUGAAGCAUCUGAAGAAAAAACUGACGAAGCAUCUGAAGAAAAUGUAGUUGAAGCACCUGAAGAAGAAAGUGAAGAGGCUUCCGAAGAAGGUGAAGGUGCUCCUGAAGAAGAUUUAUUACUGAUUGGAGAAAUACCCGAAAAUUUAAGAAGCCGUGAACACAUCAUCCAAGUCUUAAGGUUAGAUGAAGAAGCAAGUGAAUCAGAACUUAUUAUCGAGAAAUCAGCUGAUAUCGUUCUUCGAGACUUGAAACGCGUUUACGAGAGCUCAAUAAAACCGUUAGAAGUUCUUUACAAGUACAGAGAUUUAAGUAAUAGGCAUUUCGGCGAUCCGGAAAUCUUCUCAAAGCCUUUAGUACUCUUCAUGGGACCCUGGAGUGGUGGAAAAUCGAGUAUAUUGAACUAUCUUACUGGCUUGGAAUUCACUGAAUGGUCGUUGAGAACUGGGGCAGAACCAUCACCAGCUUAUUUCAACAUUUUGAUGCACGGUAAAGACCCUGAGGUCUUAGAUGGCACACAGCUAGCCGCUGAUUGGACAUUUUCUGGGCUUCAAAAAUUCGGGCAAGGAUUGGAAGAACGCUUAAGGGGUCUAAGGUAUCCCAGCAAGUUAUUGGAGAAGGUGAACAUCGUAGAAAUACCUGGCAUAUUGGAAGUAAGGAAGCAAGUAUCCCGAGUGUUCCCCUUCAAUGAUGCCUGCCAGUGGUUCAUUGACCGCGCAGAUAUUAUAUUCCUUGUGUAUGAUCCUUCUAAACUCGACGUUGGUCCGGAAACAGAAGCAAUUCUAGAUCAGCUAAAAGGCAGGGAAUCUCAGACGCGUAUAGUCCUAAACAAAGCAGACAUUGUAAAACCCGAAGAGCUGAUGCGGGUACAGAGUGCAUUAAUUUGGAACAUUUCUCCCCUCAUGAGUUCACCCCAGCCUCCGGUUAUGUACACUGUGUCUCUCUGGUCUAUGCCAUUUGAAGUAUCCGCUCCUGUAAGGCUACUGCAGGCUCAAGAGCGCGAGCUCUUGCGUGACCUGCGACAAGCGAUAGACAGGCGCAUUGAAAACAAAAUUGCCAGCGCUCGGCGGUUUGCUGUGCGUGUAAGGAACCACGCUAAAAUGGUGGACUGUUACCUAACCACCUACUACAACCACAAGACUAUCUUCGGCAACAGGAAGCUGAUUGCAGACGCCAUUAUUGAGAGUCCUCAGAAUUAUCACAUCUACGAGGGUCUCAGCACGCUUACUAACAUUUCUAGGUAUGACCUUCCCGACCCUGACACUUACAGAGACUUCUUCCGUCUGAACCCUCUGUAUGAGUUCCAGCAGCUAUCGGCCACUUGUACGUACUUCCGUGGCUGCCCCAUCACCAAGCUGGACGUGGCAAUCGCCUACGACCUUCCUGAGCUUGUCGGGAAAUACAAGAAGAUGGUCGAAACUGCCACCCCCCAGGGAAUGCCCAAGAGUUGAAACCUACGCAAUAAAACCCGCUUUUUUUUACAUAGGAUUGGAUGUUGGGCACAUUUUGCAUUUCUACUAAUCGGGCGAUAUAGUUUUUGGUUUGAAAUCGCAUUUUUUUAUCCAAUCGUUUAUAUUUAUUUGCUUAAAACUCGCUUGUUCAAACUCUUGAGGUGAAUGUGACGUGAUUUGUGAUUUACCUUUGAUUUCGUAGAUACCUUUGUAGUAUUUCCACCUUCCUAAUUAACACUGGCGGAACGUAUAUUUUAAUCUAGUCAUUUUGUUUAAGUUUGUUAGUGAAUAUUUAUUUAUUGUAAUAGCGCACUGUUGUUGAAAUCCAUUUAUUAUAGUGCGAUCUCUACCUGUCUUUGUUAGUAUAAGAUUUUAUUAAGAAAAAUAAAAAUAACUU